UGUGAACUCCCCUGACCAAUAAGGAGCGGCUGAAUGCCACAGAUGAGCCAUGAACGUUCUGAAAUAUUUACCUUUCAAACUAUUUAUUUAAUGCUUUGAUUCUUAUAAGCCACCGCAGCCAAUGUCUUUUAAGGUAAGAGACAAUGAUUGGGACUGGCGAUCCAUUUGUCAGGACUUUUUAUUUGACCGUCAAGUUCCACAUCUGGAAAAUAUUCUUGAAGCUCACUACAGAGGAGAUGUGAAGUGUUUCAUUCAGCAGUACUUAGAACCUGUUUUAGCACUACUCAAGAAAUUAAAGGUGUCAGCUGAGAAUUUUUUCUGCAGCAGUGAGAAGCCAGAUGAUGCCUGGGUACCUUAUUACAAAAAACUUGUUGGCAAUGUUAUUCAUGUUACUAAACUGGACUCAAGUCUCCACAAAGGAGAUUUUUGUAUGAACUUAAGCUUAGCUGUUCCAGGAAAUCUUAUAAUAAAAUAUUACAGAGCUGGAAAUGUGCAGUCAUUUCCACUGAAGGCUGAAGACUUCCCUCUCAUUUGGCAGAAGAACUGGACUGACAAGAUGCGAAUAGAGAUGCAAGGACGUUUUUUAUUUUUAAACUGUAUUAUAAACUCCAAGAGAGGAAUGGAAAGAAGGCCAUGGAGGUACCUCAUGUCUGAAAGCGGAAAUGUUAGUGUUAAACAGUUGAAAGCUAUUGAUGAAGAUGGCUUGGAGAAAAGUUGCAAAGUAAGCCGUCAAUCUCUGUUUAUGGAGAAACCAAUGAAUGCCUUUGAUGUGAACUUUGAGUUGCUUCACAGCGGUGUGGCUUCACUUCCUGGUAACAGAGACCUAAGAGGUGGAGCUAUCCUUGUGGUUGACAUGUCACGCCCUGAUUGGAAUAAUGUUGCUUAUACAAGUGUAGACUUAGCAAGACUGUUCAUGUACUUCCACAGCAUUCCUAUAAAAGAGAUCCAUAGCCUUGGGUUUUCAAUCAUCAUCGACGCUCGAAAAUCAGGCACAAAACGGAAAUAUCUUGAAGACGUUGUGGAAGCAAUGGUUUGCUUCCAGGAAAGCACUCCUGGAGGGGUACACAUGGUGUACAUCUUGACAAAGAAGGACUCCCCUCUCGUCAUAUUCAGCGGUUCAAAGGUCAAAGAACAACUCAACUUUGAGUUCAAGCUCAUAACAACAGUAGAUGAACUCAAGUCUUACAUCGACCGGACACAGCUUACACCUGAGUUUGGUGGAGUCUUCAAUUAUGAUCACGACGAGUGGAUCAGAUUUAGAAUAAAACUUGAACCGUUCAUGACUGGAUGUAGGAGUGCUGCUAAACUGGCUAUGGGCGUCAUGCAACAAUUCACAAGCAGCACGCUGGGAGAAAACAUUCAAGAGUGCAAAGAUUUACUAGAACAACAUCAUCAGAAGAUCAAGGACGUGUUUGAAGACAGUAGAUUGUCAGCUUUACAAGUUGAGGGAGAACAGAUCUUAAUCAGACUACAAGAAGAUGAGGCUUCGUUACCGAAAGUACCAGAUUACAUCGAAACUGUGAACUGUGUCACUAAACUCUACCAUCAGAUGAAUGAAGUGUUUUGUAGACUAGAGAUGUUGACGGAAAACAGAACAAGGAGAUUAGAACAGUGUCUGGCCUUGAAAGAGUUUGAAAAAGACAUGGAAGAGGUAGUGGGGUGGAUAUCGACGAAAGGAGAACAGUUUUUCGACAAACAUACCGAGGUUGGAGAUUCCAUUGGGCACGUCAAAACACUUCAAGAAGAGUUCGACAAUUUUGAAAAUAAAGCUAAGUGUUACUGUGACCGUGUGGAAAAUCUGCUCGAGGAAGGAAGCAGUAUGGUGGAAGGAGGCCAUUAUGAAGGAAUUGGAAUAAAGGAGAGGAAGCGAUCUUUAGAAGAGGUUUACAGAAAGUUUUGUAGAAGACUUGAACAGAGAAGACAACAACUUAGUUCUUCAAUGGAGUUUUACCAACUGGUUGAUCAGGCCUCUGAAUGGUCCAUGGCGACUCUCACUCAGAUGGCAACUAUGAACAUGGAAGAAAUUCUUUAUUUGGAAGGAGUCACGGCGCUGUCACGGGCUUUGGAAAAAUACCUGGAAGAUACUCCAGUGUGGAGUGAAAGCCGGCUCAACAGGAUCUCUGAGCUGGCCACAAAUUUGGGAAGCGCUAAACCGGUCAAAAUCGCUGAAAAUAUAUUGACAAGAUACAAGGAAAUUUUAGACAUGUUACAGAAGCGACAGGAGACUCUACGCAGAGCUGAGGAGAGACUAUCGGGUCACCCUUCAAGCGAAGUUAGCAGCACCACUACUGGUGGUAGUGAUGAGUCUACUUCUUCCAGUCCUGGCCGAGAAGAGGACGUGGGCGAGGACGAUAGGGACUUGGGUGAGAGUGAAGAUGAAGCGGACAAACCGAUUACGCACGUGGAGGCGCCUUCUCGACGGCGGAGAUCAUCAUGUACCCCACCCUCUGCCUUAUAUUCAUGGAAAGAGAAUGAACUUCCCAUUGUUGAAGAAAUGCCACCGCUGAAUCCCCGCACAGAGGAAAAGCUGAUGUACAUAUUUCAAGAAAUGGUUGACACCGAGAGGGACUAUGUCAAAUCGCUGCAGUACAUCAUGGAUAAUUACAUUGUAGAGAUGGAUAACCCAGAUUUACUUCCCUCUUUGAAAGGAAAGAAAAACAUUCUGUUUGGAAACAUAGAGAGAAUUCACGAUUUUCACAAAAGGUAUUUCCUACAGGAACUAGAAGCAUGCAAGGAUAGAUUCCUGGACAUUGGGAGUUGUUUCCUGAAAUGGGAGCGCCAGUUUUAUUUGUACGCUUUGUAUAACAAGAACAAGCCCCGUUCAGAUCAACUGCUCUCUGAUCAUGGCAAUGUGUACUUCAGGGCUCGUCAAAAAGAACUUGGAGACAAACUUGAUCUCGGCAGUUUUCUUAUAAAACCAGUUCAGCGGAUGGGAAAGUACAGUCUCUUACUGCGCGAUAUGAUCAAGGCACUCAGCGUUGGACAUCCAAAAAUCUCUGAGCUCAAGGCUGCUGAAGAAAUGGUUAAAUACCAACUGCGGCAUGGGAACGACUUGCUGGCCUGGGACUCACUGAGGGGCUGUGAUAUAAAUCUAAAAGAACAGGGCCGUCUAUUACGCCAAGACAACUUCACUGUUUGGAAUGGGAAGAAAAAGCAUCAACGGAGAAUUUUCUUACAGGAUGAUUUGGUUAUAUUCAGCAAAGUCAGGAAACAGCCUGGAGGAGUUGACUUGUAUUACUACAAAAACUCCCUUAAGACAAGUGAUUUGGGUCUAACGGAGAAUGUCGGUGACAGUGGGCUCAAGUUUGAACUAUGGUUCAGAAGAAGGAAACCAGAUGACACAUUCGUUUUACAGGCACAAUCUUUCGAAGCGAAAACGGCUUGGGUGACAGAAAUCACAAGGUUACUGUGGAAACAAGCGAUGCGAAAUAGGGAGUAUGGUUUAACGGAAGCGUCAACAGGUAUUAGUGUUGGAAGUCAACCGCCUCUAGUAAUUCCUAGUACCCAGCCCGGGGACACGUCACCAUACCAACCGGUAGUCAACGCUGUUCAUGUGCCUCUUAUUAGGACUCAGUCCCUACCAUCCAACACCUACAGUCCCCGUUCGACAAAGAAGCGUCUAUCAGUUGUUAGCUCAGAGACUGCCUCAAGCAUGGAGUCUUCAAGCAGUAGCGGUGUCUAUGACCUCAAUCUUCCUGCAACGGACGAAGAGAACUCUAUACGAACCAGCAUUGUAACACCACUCGAAGAGAAACUGUCGAAAUCUGGUGGGAAACGCAAUAAAGUGCGGAAAAUAUCUACAGAGAAAUCACCUUUGGCACAACUGAAUAACAAAGAAAGACUUGUCGAGGAAGUUACCUCCGGCAGCAUGGAAAAUCUCUCUGAUGGAAGAAAAAGUAGUGCUGAGGAAACGCCGGGCCUCAAAUUUGGAAAAGACAAACUUGUUGUGACACCAGAGGAGGACAAGGAGGACAAAAAGAUAAAUAAUUUUUUCAAAUCUUUUUCUCUACGGGAGAAAUUUACGGAUAGAAGUAGAUCGAGAAGUCUUGAGGACAGUUUUGUUGGUUCACCAGUUAUAAGGAGAGCAAGUAAGGAAAAAGACAGUUAUAACACUGCACCGCGGAGGAGAUCAUUUAUAGAGAAGAUAUCGAUGAAAUCCCACGUGGACAAUUCCCCAAAGAGGCGAAACUCGUUAGAAAUUCCCAGUCCUAAGAAUGGAAAGAACCUUGGAGAAGACGAGGAGAAAAACGAGAAAAUAAAGGGACAGACUACAGAGGUUUAAAGCGAGAAAUAUGUAACGAAUAAGUUCGUCCGAUGUCAGUCUUGCACCGAGACAGCAUUGAACAUGUGCCGACCCGCUUACCCCUGCUGACGAGCAACAUGGAAGAUGCUGUAGACAGUAGUUAUUGUUGAUGUUGAAAUUAAAGAAUCGAACUUCACUGCCAUUACAACUGGAAAAUGUACAGUGUCCUACAGUGAACUUAGAAUCUAUCACUGAGAGAUUUAAAGUUUACCAAAUAGAAUUUGAUAAAAAGUUAUGUUGUAUGACUCAUUUAGUCAAAUUAUUCAAACAAUAUUAAACCCUGUUGGUGAAUGUGUUUGAAACUGUGAAUAUUAGAAUAUAUCUUAUCAUUUAAUUGUCUCCAAUCAUACUUUAUAAAUUAAUUGUUGUUAAGAUUUAAACAUUGAAAGAGGUCUAAUUUUAUAUAAUCGAUAUUGGCCAGGUUUUAUCUACAGGUUGCACUGAAUAUAAAAAUUUAUAUUUUAUAUGACUAGCAAAAAUUUAGUUGCAAUAUAUGUUCGGUUUUGUCAAAUUAAAAAGUUAAUAAAUUUUCACAAAACAGGAAGAAGAAAAUUGUAUUAAUGCAAGGUUAUUUAAAGUUACAGUUUUUUUAAACAACAUCGCAAAAUUUGUGAGCUUAACUUUAAAGAAAUUAGUAAUAUCGAUUAGUAAUAUCAAGUCCAAAAUUUGUGAGCUUAACUUUGAAGAAAUUAGUAAUAUUGAUUAGUAAUAUUGAGUCCAAAAUUUGUGAGCUUAACUUUGAAGAAAUUAGUAAUAUCGAAUCCAAUGUCUACAUUUAUUAAAAGGGAUUAAUGAGAAAAAAAUUCACAACCAAGAAAUAUGUUUUAAGUUGGUCUAUUAAUAUAAGUACUUUUAGGUUGAGAGCAACAUUUAGGCUUUAAAUUAAGUUUACUUUCCUUUUUCUUUUUUUUUUUUUGGGGGGGGGGGG